AUGAACCUGGAUGCUUUUUUCCAGCAAAUACAGCUCACGGAGAAGCAGGCGGGGGAGAAGAGGCACCUCAUCCAGCAAGCUAAAUGUGACAUAAAUAGGAGUUACGAAAAAAUCAAUCAAAUAAAAGAAGAGCUGAGCACCGCGAAGAUGAAAUUGGAAACUAAGGUUCAGCAUUUGUCCGAAAAACAGUUCUACUUAGAAAUUCUGAAGAAACGUGAAGACAGCUUAGAAAAACAGAAAGCUGAACUUCUUAAUCAAAAAGACCAUCUUCUUAAAAUCUCUACAGAUGCAAAGAAAAAAAUGACUGAAGAGGAAGAUAAUUUUACCAGAGAAGUAACAGAAUUUAAUAAUGAGUAUGGACUAACAAGUAAUAGAGAUCUUCUGAUUAAAAAAAAAGCCAAGACUGAAAUAAAUGAUUUAGAGAAUGAGGCAGCUCUGUUGAAAAACGAAAUGGAGUCAAUGGAACAUAAAAACAUUCAGUUAAAUGCACUCCAGUUGCAGAAGAGUGAAUUAAAGCAGCAUUUAUUUACCCUCCAAAGUGAACUCACAGACCUUGAGAAAGUAAUCAGGGAGGCUGAAAGAAUGACCAAAGAUUUAGAAGCAGAAAAAGUCUAUGUCACUGAAAAACCUCAGACUGAUCCUGAAUGUUUAAGGCUUAAGAAAGAAUUGGAAAAUUACAAAGAUGAUGAUUGGGAAAGUAUCUGUGAGACUCUUCGUACAGAAGUUGAAAUUCUGCAAAUGAAUCUAUCACAAAAAAAGUCUUCAGACAAGUGA